GUUAACGAUGCUGCGAGAAGCCUCUGAUGAACUUGGGGCCGAAGAAGAGGCUGCUGUUGAACUGCCAGGGGGCAGCAGCCAUGCAGAAGAGGCAAGUUCCUGCCCGAGUGUCCCCGAGAUGAAUGAAGACUCCAGCAGGAAAGACGGCCACGGAGCCCAAGACCUCGGAAGUCGGCCGCCGGCCGGAGCGCCUGCCCUGGUUGACAAAGAGACCAACACCGAGGAGGCGGGCAGCCCCAGCGUGGCGGUGCGCCCCAAGGAUCGCAGUGGUGUGAGCGCACGCCAGCGCCCCUUCGUGCGCAGCAGCGUGAUCGUGCGCUCACAGACCUUCUCCCCGGGGGGCCGCAGCCAGUACAUCUGCAGGUUAAAUCGCAGUGACAGUGACAGUUCCACCCUGGCUAAGAAAUCCCUGUUUGUGAGAAACUCCACUGAACGGCGCAGUUUGAGGGUCAAAAGGGCGGUGUGCCAGCCGGUGCUCAGACGAGCCUCGCAGGAGUGCCCAGUGCGCACGUCGCUGGACCUGGAACUGGACCUCCAGGCCUCCCUCACGCGGCAGAGCCGCCUCAACGACGAGCUGCAGGCCCUGCGGGGCUUGAGGCAGAAGCUGGAGGAGCUGAAGGCUCAGGGAGAGACCGACCCCCCGGGCGUGCUGGAGGACGAGCGUUUCCAGAAGCUCCUCAGACAGGCCGAGAAGCAGGCUGAGCAGUCAAGGGAGGAGCAGAAGCAAGGCUUGAACGCCGAGAAGCUGAUGAGGCAAGUCUCCAAGGAUGUGUGUCGGCUUCGGGAGCAGAGCCGGAAGGUCCCCCAGCAGGUGCAGUCCUUCAGGGAGAAGAUGGCCUACUUCACCAGAGCCAAGAUCAGCAUCCCAUCCCUGCCGGCGGACGACGUGUGACGCUGCCCGCGCCGUCCCGGGGGCGCCGAGGCGGGGGGCCUUCUGUCACCACCUGGACUCCUAAAGAGCUUUUAUUUCACGUCAGAUUUUCAACACGUUCCUUCGCAAAGAACCUUGAAUGUAAAUCAUAAGUGUUUAAAAAAGGGAAAAAAAAGCAUCCGCUAAGCAGGCCGGGGUGCUCUGGGACACGGCAGCGAGCGGCGUGCGGGUCUCGCCAGUGGCUGUAGCUGGUGACACGGAGCAGAGGCCGAGCCCGGCGGGCGCCCUGCUGGACUGGCGGCCGAGAGCCCUGGGCUCGGCCGGAUGCCUCUGCUCUUCCCCGGUGUGCUCGGGAGGGGACUGCAGAGGGCACCAGCCCAAGAGACGCCAGCAGCCCGCGGCCUGCGGGUGGGCUCGGCCUGAGGGUGGGGAGGCCAGGCCCGCACCUCCACCGCAGCCGCGGCUCUGAAACAGUGUCCUUUUUGUGCUUUCCCGCCGGGCUAAAGAAAACCAAAACAGAAUGCCCCGUGCAAGAAUGCGAUUGAGCAGUCCUCCAGGCCACGCUGGGGAGCUUGUGGUGCAGGACAGUGAGGGGAGCGGAGGGGGAGAAGACAGUCACCUCGAGACACCCCGGAGGAGGCGCAUCGGUGGCACCUGCUGCUUCCACUCUGCCCGAAGUGGCUGGAGUGUUCACGUGCAGGCUUGGGGCUCGCACCCGGCGUGUUUGGUCCCAGGUGCAGGGGUGUGCGUGGACAGCCUGGCCCAGACUCUGGGCACCGGCCGUCCGGCCGUGGGGAGGCCCCGGAGCAGCACCCUCUGGGGCAGCCAGGAACAAAGCAGCAGGUUUCCUGAUGGAACCCAGGUUGCCAAAAAUUAAAGAGAGAACACAUUCACUGAAAAGAUUUCUAAUAUUUGCUAGAAAUUCCUUUGCAGUUAUUUUAGGGGAGCCCAGCUCUAAUUUAUGGGAAGGAGUUGGGAGGCAAAGAGAAGUGUGUGCCUGGGGAGAUGAUUGACUUGAAGUAUAAGCAAAGUCAUUUGUUUUCCAAAAAAAGUCUAGAGAAACAGGUUUAGAGACUUCAAGUGACCUCCAGUGUAGAAUUUGAGCUGACUCAACCCAGGCACUUCUGGAAGGAAACAAAGCUGCCGAUGUCUCUGCCAGCGUCAGGCUUCUAAGGUCAGUGGUGCCAAUGGAAUUUAAAUGCUCCUUAGAACUUGGUCGGCUAUACUGAAACAGGUAAUUUUAAAUCAAAACUUUGGAAAUACAAAUCAUCUUAAAAGAACAGGGCCCUUGGGACGGGG